AUGAAGUUUCUUAUUUUAUUGCUACAAUUGAUAUCUAUAACACUAGCCAUUGUGCCUAAUGUAAAUCAUAUACCAGAGAAUAAAAAAGAACAAAACCCAUUGAAAUUUGAGUCUACAGAAAAAUCAUUAUCAUUACCAAACUUAUUAACAAUUGAUUCAAAAUCUCAAAUUUCAAAUUAUGAUCUUUCGAAAACUAUAAAUUACGAUAAUGGUAGAUUGUUAUUAGAUAAAAACGGAGUAAUGUGGUCAAAAAACACAUUACCACAAGAUGAAUUUACAAUUGAAGUUGAUUUUAGAUCGACUGGCCGAAUUGAAGAUUUACAGUUUUUAGAAAAUCAAUUAUCCAUAAUCCUUGCUGAAAAUAUACAAAGUUUUGAUAAAUUUGAUGGAUUUAAAUUUUUAAUUAAUAAUCAAGAGCAAGAAGGUCUAAAAAUUUUCAAUAAUGAUGGAUCAAAAACUUUAAAUAAUUUAAUUGAUGAAAGUAUAGGUGAUUGUAAAUUCAGAUAUUUAGAAAGUAAUGUACCUUUUACAAUUAGAAUUUCAUAUAAGAGAUCAGAAUCGUGGUUUAAAGUUCAAAUUGAUAAUAAUUUAUGUUUUAAAACUAAUAGAAUUCAAAUUCCAAAUAAUUCAAAACUAAGAUUAGGUGUUUUUUCAAUUAUAAAUAGAUCAUCAAUUGAAGAAUUUGAAAUAUUGAAUGUUAAAGUAUGGGAUCAUUUAAUUGAAGACGCAAUUGAUGAUCAUGGAUUAAUGAAUGAUGGAGAAGUAAAAGUUGAAUUUAAAACAAUUGUAGUUGAAGAAUCUCAAGCUACUGAUGCUAUUAAACCUGAAUAUAAGAGAGAGUCUUUAAUGGAAAAAGCCCAAAAACAAAGACAAGAAUCAAUGCAAGUACAAGAUUUUAAUGUACUUAAAAAAUUACAAGAUCUAGAAUACCAACAAAAUGAAAAGAUCGAUAAAUUGAUUCAAAUUCAAAAUGAAUUGAAUUCAAAUUUACAAAAUCAAAAAAAAGAAUUACAACAAUUAUUCACUACUCAAUAUGCAGAAAUUUUAAGUUCUAUCUCAACUUUGAAUCAAAAAUUAAUUGGUGAAGUUAGGGAACAACAUUUUGGAAUGGAAGAAUUGAGUAAAAAAGUUGAUUUAUUAAUGAAUAAUCAUAAAGAAAUAGCAUAUCAAUAUGAAAAAAAUCAAAUCCAACAGCAACAACAACAACAGCAGCACAUACAAGUACCAACAUCUUCAGUUUUCGAUAGUUUAAUCAAAUGGAUCUUAGUACCGUUAUUGAUCAUACUAAUAAUAUUAGUCAUUUUCGUUUAUCGUCUUAGACAUGAUAUAAAACAUUCAAAAUUAUUGUAA